UUUUCGAUUUUUCAUCGUGGCUUUUCGAACUUUCGAUUGACCGUGAGCCGAAAAUUAAAAAUGCCGUUCGUCCUUUCUAACUUUUGAACGAGUUAAUUUGGCACUUAGUGUGAAAAUAUCAUUCCAUCGUGAAAAAAAGAGAAAUAUUUGCACCAUCGAGUUUACGAUCUUCAAUACUUGAGAUACAAUGGCUAACGACGAUCGGUACCUUGGUUAGAUUACUUUCCUUCUCUUUCAAUUAUUGGGGGAAUCUACAAUGGGUGCAUAUAAGUAUAUGCAGGAGCUUUAUCGCAAGAAGCAAAGCGAUGUUCUUCGCUUCUUGCUUCGUGUCAGGUGUUGGCAAUAUCGUCAGUUGACUAAAAUGCAUCGUGCCCCUCGUCCAUCUAGACCCGAUAAAGCACGUCGUUUAGGUUACAAAGCUAAGCAAGGUUUUGUCAUAUUUAGAAUUCGUGUAAGGAGAGGUGGUCGCAAACGUCCUGUUCCCAAAGGUGCAACUUACGGAAAGCCAAAAAGUCAUGGUGUUAAUCAACUAAAACCCACUAGAAAGUUACAGUCGGUUGCAGAAGAACGUGUUGGUCGUCGUUGUGGCGGUCUACGAGUUUUGAACAGUUAUUGGGUAGCACAAGACUCUUCAUAUAAAUAUUAUGAAGUUAUCUUGAUUGAUCCAGCACAUAAGGCAAUUCGUAAUGAUCCAAAAGUUAAUUGGGUAUGUAACGCGGUACAUAAACAUCGUGAAUUACGUGGAAAGACGUCAGCUGGUAGAAGUUCGAGAGGUUUAGGCAAAGGACAUCGUUAUUCACAAACUAUUGGUGGCUCUCGUCGUGCAGCAUGGUUGAGAAGAAAUUCUUUGUCGCUUCGCAGGAAGCGGUAAAUUUUUUAAAUGUCCUCAAUAAUGAUCUUCACGUGUACACGAUACAUCAUUUCAUUGAUAUAUUAAAAAUAUCUGUAUCAAUAUUAUGGUAUAUCUUGUGCGAAAUAAAUGUUUCUUUCUUAAUGAAUCACUUCUUUUUUUUUUACAUUCAAUUUAAUUAUAUUGCAAAUGAAAUAAUCUGUGUGAAAAAAAAUUCAUAAAUUCAAUAAAUUCGGCAAAAUGUAAAUAUAAAUCAUACAGAAGUUUAUCGAAUAGGUUGUGCGUAAUAGUGAAAUAUAUAAUAAUUGUUAAUAACGUGUAUUAAAUAAAAAUUUAUAUCUAAAAUUGUGCAUAUUUUUAGUUAUAUUUACAAAUAAUUUUAAUUUACGAAGAAUUAAAUACUAUUUGAACAAGUAUUUCGAUUUAUUGAGUACAAUUUAUAAAAUCAUGCAUUUCGUAUAUAGGAAGUAAGUUAUUAAGUUUCACAAGUUUAUCCCUUAAUUAGAUUUUUUUUAAAUAAAAAUUUGUCUGAUUUGUGAAAUACUGAAACAUUAUCAUGAUGUAACUGACACUGAUUUUUUUUCUUUGUCGCAUAGUAUUGUUUCUUGUUUAUAAGAUGUGUUACCUAUUAGAUUAGGACAUAAGAAACAUUGA